AUGCAUUACAUUCGCCUCCUACGGUCACCCAUGCUCGAUACGUCGGGACGGGAAAACAGGGAUGCGACGCUCUCCCUUCUGCUGACUAUCACUACCGACCUUGGAGAUGCCUUCCUUAAUGCUGGUGCACCCGUUCAAAUAACAGCCAGCAUCUACAGCGGAACGUCAAAAUCGCCAACUGAACUACCACUGAGAUCCACUGGCAGUACCCAUGUCCACACUGUUGUCGGGACCUGGCAGGAUGGACUGCGUGUUCUCAAGGUCAAACUGCUUUACCCACGGCGGUACCUGAAGGAGCACGUUGACGUGGCAAUUAUGCCGGGCCCAUUCAAUGAUGACAAAAGCCGCCAUGUCAUGCUUGAUGUGAAAAACACGGGGGAUGUUCUGCCUUGGUAUCGGGCACCCGAGGAGAAGAAUGUCGGCGGAAUAGUACCUGUAUGGGUGGAAAUCAACCAGGGCGUGCCGUCACCAGACACCUGCCUACGCUGUUUACCGCUGGAAUGUGACCGCGACGGAUCUAUAGCGACUCUCGAGCUGCAAGAGGACAUUGGCGAGAGCAUCGCGCGUCAUGUCUGGGAUGCCGGGGUUGUAACAGCGUUAUUUUUAGCUUCAGGCUGCAAGUCAAGACGACAAGAAGUGGACAUCCGGGACUUCAUGCCCAUUACUAAUCAAAGCCCCAAUAUCCUGGAACUCGGUUGCGGCGUUGGCAUCCUCGGAACGACUAUUGCCAAGCUCAUUCAUUUUGCGGCCGAGAAGCAAGGCCUCAAGCUUGAUCAACCGACUGUACUUCUGACGGACGUCCCAGAAGCCGAGGAGCGUGCGCGAUCAAAUAUCGAAAGAAACAAAAAGACUUCGGAUUGGCAACGCAUGGCGAAGAUGGAAUAUGAGAAUCUCGAUUGGGACGAUGGCAAAACCGGCAAAUUCGGACCCAUUGCCGCCUCUCGAUUCUGGGAUUACAUUGUUCUGAGCGAUUGCACGUAUAAUGUCGACUCCUUACUCUCUCUCGUCGGGACGCUGUCGGCGUUGCACGACAUCAACAAACGAAACGCGGGUACUGGAAACCUGGAGACGGGGUCAAAAGUCAUAUUAGCAACGAAACCACGGCACGACUCAGAAAAGGCGCUGUUUGAGCUACUUCCAGCUGCGGGAUGGGGACAUGAGCUGCUGAAGUCAAUCCCACUUCCGGUGCUUGGAAGCGAAAAUCAGGUUGUGGAGUUGUAUUUGCUGCAGAAGGGAAGACCCCUAUUGCAGAGGGCGCUCAAGCGGAAGGUCGAAGAUCCCUUUAGCGAACGGCCAGCCUCAAAACGUGCGGCGCUGCCAUGA